UUUUGGUUUUUGAUAUCGUGCUACUUAAUGGAAAAUCACUUAUUAAUUACUCUUUGGAAAAGCGGCGUGGAUUUCUAAGAUCUGUGAUUACAGAUAGGCCAGGUUAUAUCCAAGUUCUUCCUCACAAAGUAGGAAAUUCUAUGAAAGAUUUGACUGAGGCUAUGGAUGAAGCUGUUAUGAAAAGGCAAGAAGGGAUUAUAAUCAAAAAGCCUUCUAGUACUUAUGUUCUUAAUGAACGCGUUGAUGAAUGGGUUAAGAUCAAGCCUGAGUAUUUGGAUACACUUGGAGAUGACUUGGAUUUAAUUGUUAUUGGUGCCGAUUACGGUGCAGGAAACAGAGGCAGUAAGUUUGGAAGUUUUAUGUGCGGAUUAAGGGAUUCUAAGGCGGCUGAUGAUGAAGUUAGAAUCUUAUCAUUUUGUCGUUUUGGUACUGGGUUCACAAUGAAAGAGAGUGAAGAAUUUAAAUCAUUAGAAGGCUGGGUACCCUUUGAUCCUAAUCGAAUACCAGAUUGGCUUAUAAUUGGUCGUGAUAGACCACACAUGAUAAUUCCACCAGAAAAAUCAGUUGUAGCUCAAGUUAGAGCAUCUGAAAUAGUACCUGCAAAUGUAUUUGCUGCUGGUUUUACCCUCCGGUUUCCUAGGUUCGAAAAAAUUCGUCCAGAUAAAGAUUGGCAUUCUGCCACUAACUUUGAAGAAAUGAUGCAUCUUAGGAAAGAAUCUUCAGGACGUCUACAGUCUAAGAAAGUGACAGAAGACGACUUGGUGACAACUUCAAGAUCAACAAAGAGGAAAAUUAAGGCUCCACAGAGGGUUAGGCGUUCCGCUCUACUUGAAACGUACACUUCCCAAAGUGGUCCAGUCGAAAAAAAAUCCCGGAUAUUUAAAAAUAUGAAAUUUUAUGUUAUGGUGACUAAAUAUAAAAGUUUCACGAAGUCAGAUCUAGAACGUAUGAUUAAAGAAAAUGGCGGUGAAUUUUUCCAACAUCCUAAUGCAUCACCAAAUAUAUAUAUAAUUGCCGAAUCGUUAUCAA